CACCCUUGGCCAUUCAGAAUUUUCUCACAUAAAUACUGACAAAGACCCUGCUCUCUCCUCGCUUCUCUGCACUUGGCCCUAGCUGGUGCUGGUCCUCUUGGGGUGGACAGGGCCAUGGGUGACUUGUUCAUGCUGUGGCUGGCUGUGGUUGUCGGCUGCGCCACCUUCAGCACCUCUGCCUGGUCAGUGAAUAAUUUCCUGAUGACAGGUCCGAAGGCCUACCUGACCUACACUACCAGCGUGGCCUUGGGAGCCCAGAGUGGCGUGGAGGAAUGUAAGUUCCAGUUUGCUUGGGAGCGCUGGAACUGCCCUGAGAACGCCCUCCAGCUCUCUACCCACAACAGGCUGAGAAGUGCCACCCGAGAGACUUCCUUCAUUCAUGCCAUCAGCUCUGCUGGAGUCAUGUAUACCAUCACCAAGAACUGCAGCAUGGGCGACUUUGAAAACUGUGGCUGUGAUGAGUCAAAAAAAGGGAAAGCAGGAGGCCAUGGCUGGAUCUGGGGAGGCUGCAGCGACAAUGUGGAAUUUGGGGAAAGGAUCUCCAAACUCUUUGUGGACAGUUUGGAGAAGGGGAAGGAUGCCAGAGCCCUGAUGAAUCUUCACAACAACAGGGCCGGCAGGCUGGCAGUAAGAGCCACCAUGAGAAGGACCUGCAAAUGUCACGGCAUCUCAGGGAGCUGCAGUGUCCAGACAUGCUGGCUGCAGCUGGCUGACUUCCGGGAGAUGGGAGGCUACCUAAAGACCAAGUAUGACCGGGCACUGAAAAUUGACAUGGACAAGCGGCACCUAAGGGCCGGCAACAGCGCCGAGGGCCGCUGGGCUCCUACUGAGGCCUUCCUUCCCAGUGCAGAGGCAGAGCUGGUAUUUCUAGAGGAAUCUCCAGACUACUGUACCCACAAUUCCAGCCUGGGCAUCCACGGCACAGAGGGCCGUGAGUGCUUGCAGAACAGCCGCAACACAUCCCACCGGGAGCAGCACAGCUGUGGGCGCCUGUGCACCGAGUGUGGGCUGCGGGUGGAAGAGAGGAGAACUCAGGCCACGCGCAGUUGUAACUGUAAAUUCCACUGGUGUUGCACAGUCAAGUGUGACCAGUGCAGGCAUGUGGUGAACAAGUACUACUGUGUGCAUUCCCCAGGCAGUGCCUGAAGACGCCCCACACAAAGUCCCUUGCUCGGUGUAUGGCAGCGGAGGUCAGGGUCACAGCUCUCCUGGAGAACGACUGAAAAGCUAGAAAAUCACAGGCUGCAGCCCUCCUGAUAUCUGCUAUGGGUGGGGAAAUGGACACCUAAGAUUACACCACGGAUUUGUGGCAGAACUGAAAUUAUAACCUGGGCCUGCUGACUUGGGCAGACCCAAGGUCUCCUGUAAAUUGUUUCCUGGUCUUUGUGUCUGUAGUUAUGCAGCUUGCUACAGAGGACAGAUCCAGAGGAACCCUCAGGGUGCUUGGUGCUUUAAGUUUCCGGCCAUAGCCAGCUCUACGGCUGGGAAGCAAAAGCAAAAGAAGCAAAGUUUUAUUCAGACACCAAAGGAGCGACCUCCUCCCACCCUGCCUCCCGAAAGACCAGCUGCAAGUGCAUGCGGAUAUGUGGGACAGAGACCACUAUCUCCUGCUGCAAGGCUUUCAGAGUGUUACAUCUUUCACCUAAGAAUGCAAUUUUGAAAAGUUCUCCCCAGUUAAGCCUGGGGAAACCAGGGCUCAACAUGACCCCAGGACGUUUCCUGAGCAUAAACCACCUCUUGAGCCAAGGAGAGGGAAAGGUCACAGUAAGUGGAUAGGUGACUUCAACUUAGCACACAGUGUCCUACAAGAGGGACGCCCCCACACACAAAGAAAAAGCUAAAAAACGUGUUAUUUUCCCAAAUUGGGAACUCAUUCACUUUGCAAUAAAUGCUUCUGAUAUACCCAGCUGGGAUAUACUUAUUAUAUAUUUAUUACUUACUCCCUUUGGAAACCUCAAAAAGGGAAGGGGAAAACCUACUCUGCAUCCCAAAUAUCAACCAGGAGAAAACUAGGAACAUCCAAUCCCCUUGGUUUCCAUGUUUGACAAAAACAGAUCUA